AUGUCUCUUGAAAAUCUUGUAAAAGAGCCACCGGAGCCGUUAAUAGCACAACCUCUAUUCAACGAUAUUCGCCAUGCUAUCACCGAGAAUAUUGAGGCUCAAGACCUGAUAUUCGAAGACAUCGAACCUAUAGCAGGGUUUCAAAUCGCCACCUCCUUGUAUGAAGACAGAGAGACCGAGCAAAUCCAUCCGAGUGUCCAUUAUAACUCCGUCACUAACAAGUCUACUGCUGUCCUGGACUGUCAUAAUGGCUGGAUGCGCGAUGAAUUGUUCCGAAUGUAUCCUGAUUUUCUCACUAAACUGGAAUUCAGAUUUCUAAAUACAUGGACCAGCACUACCCUUCAAAGCUUUGUCGGCCCCUACGAUCUUUCAUCAAAAGAUCCGGGGCUGUGCCUUCGCCCCAAAGGACAACAUUUCCUCACGAUUGUUGUUGAGACUGGAUGGUCAGAAACAUGGCCAUACCUGAAAGACGAUGCAAUUCUAUGA